UCCGGUGACGUCACCACCACAGCGUCCUCUGUGAUGUCACCAAACCUGGCCCGCCUCGUUAUGCCUUCACUCUCCCCAUAGUUGCAGCCCUUUUUUUCUCCCGCGGCUCCUCCCUCCGUGCCCACCAAGGGGCAGGGCGUUGCGAGAACGGGUGUUACGGGCCUAAAUUGACCCUCGGUGCAGUGGGUGAGGUGGGAUCAAAUGGCAGGACGCCUCCCGGUUCCAGCCUGUGCCCCGGAAGGUCCCGGGUGGCUCCAGCGCCACCUCCUGAGCGGCGAGUUCGACCAGCUGCGGGACUUCCCCAUCUUUGAGAGCAAUUUCGUGCAGGUGACCCGGUUUGGAGAAGUCGCCAAUAAGGUCACCAUGGGGGUGGCAGCCUCCAGUCCAGCCCUGGAACUCCCAGAUCUGUUGCUGCUGGCUGGCCCUACCAAGGAGGACGGAUGUCUGCAGCUUCACGGGCUUUUCCCCCUGCAGUUCGUCCAGCUCUUUGUCCACAAGGAAAGCCGCCAGCAGCUCAAGGUCAAGUUCUGCACCGGCCGCACCUUCUACCUGCAGCUGCGGGGCCCGGCCGAGACCCGGGACCUCGAGUUCAGCCAGUGGGUGCGGCUGCUGUACCGCCUGCGCUUCUACUCGGGCCAGGGGGCCGUGCCCUUCACGCAGCAGGAGUGGGGCGGCAGCAGGAGUGGGGGUACGAGGAGGAGACAGACGGGGACCAGGAGGAGCGGGAGAGGGGCUGGCGGGACCAGGCUCCGAGACACUCUCUCCCACCCAGCUUCAAGUCCGGGAAGCCAGGCUCAAUCCACAGACCUCGGAACUCUGGGGACUCUGAUUCUGCUGGGACCAGAGCUUGAAGCACCGACCCAGGCCACGCAGAUGGAUUAUUAGAACUAAUAAAGAUCGCUGCCAGAGAACAGCA